AUGCUUAUCAUCGCCCUCAUCACCGCCCUACUGGCCUCAACCAACGCUCUGCCCCAUCCCCAAACAACCGGCGGCGGCUCACCACCGCCCUUCCCACCCAAUACAACCAUCAGCUACUACCAAGGCAGCGUAACAGACAAUCACUGCUACAUGUCCGUCGGCAGCGGCAUCGUCUUGUUAGAGGUCUGUACGGUCUUGAAGUGGAGCGGCGUGCGCAUCCCACACCUACCGGGCAAUGACUGUUCCUUCACUGUCUAUCACGGCUCGAACACCUGCGACACCUUAUCUGGCGAGGUAACGACGUGGCAGAUUCCUGCUGCCGGCAAUGGGAGUGUUUGUGUCGAUGCUGGUGUGACGGAUGGUGGGUUGAGGGAGAAGGCUAGUGGGGUGUGGGCUUGUCGUUGA